UCACUUCCGGUCGUGGUGUACGUCACUUCCUUUCAAGCUUGGCGUUUGGUCGGUGGGGACCCACGCGGGUUCAACAUGCGUAUCGAGAAGUGUUAUUUCUGUUCGGGGCCAGUCUACCCUGGCCACGGCAUGAUGUUCGUCCGCAACGACUGCAAGGUGUUCAGAUUUUGUAAAUCCAAAUGUCAUAAAAACUUUAAAAAGAAGCGCAAUCCUCGCAAGGUCAGGUGGACUAAAGCCUUCCGGAAAGCAGCUGGUAAAGAGCUUACAGUGGAUAAUUCAUUUGAAUUUGAAAAACGUAGAAAUGAACCUGUCAAAUACCAGAGAGAGCUAUGGAAUAAAACUAUUGAUGCAAUGAAGAGAGUUGAAGAGAUCAAACAGAAACGCCAAGCCAAAUUUAUAAUGAACAGGCUGAAGAAAAAUAAAGAGCUACAGAAAGUUCAGGACAUCAAAGAAGUCAAACAAAACAUCCAUCUUAUCCGAGCCCCUCUUGCAGGUAAAGGAAAGCAGCUGGAAGAGAAAAUGGUACAACAAUUACAGCAGGAUGUGGACAUGGAAGAUGUUUCUUAAAAAUCUCACUGUAACCAUUUUCUAUGGUGUACAUUUGAAAGUGUCCUUUGGAGACUAGAACUUCUAAAUUAUUGGUUUAUUUUUUACAUAAGGGCACUCAAAUGAAAGGUGAUUAAAAAUGUAUUUCCUACAUUGCUGUCUGCAAAACAUCAGAUAGUAUGGAUGUUAGAUUGCAACUCAAUGUUAAGCCUUCAGUGAUAGAUGUGCUUAUGUAAAUUAUGAAAAUUCUCUUUGUAAAUACAGAAAUGAAUUGUGGAGAAAGUGGUCAUGCCAUUUGGAUAAUGGCACUAGACAGCAUUUAUAUAAUAACUAAGGACAAAGAUUCUGGCUAGUGAUAUAUAAAAUAAAAUUUUCAUUGCAGUAUAAU